GUGUACCGUACUGGACCACUAGACUAGCCAGGGGCUAACAUAAACAGCAUGCUUAUACACUACGUUUGCCAAAAUACGCUCUAUUUUACUAAACAUGCGCUACGGUGUGUUUGUUUAGCAGUUUAUUGUCUGUGAGCUUUUAGUUUUACUCGCGUUAGACGUCCAGGUGCAUUCACUCCGUUAUAAUCUAUGCUAGCUAGUUAGCUGGUUGUGACUUGAUACAAAACACUGGAUAGGUUUUUACAUAGUUACCUAUGGCAUUCUAUGAAGUCUACUCUCAUCCGGCUUUGAUUCGGUACAAAACGAGUGUUUGCACAAAAGCCACUCUUUUUCUGGUCGUUGUUUUGUGCCUUACUUAUAUACCACCUCUGCUUGUUGCCUACAGGAGUCAAGGUUUCUGGAUUAAGAGAAGCACAUAUGAAGAGCAACCGGUUGUGAGGUUUCAGUACCAGACUCUGCUGGUGGCAGCUACCAGUACUAAGGGAGACUAUGUCGCCUGGAGCACCUUCCCACAUCUCAACAGCAUGCUUGGAUCCAACCUCCGGAUUCCUGCUGUCUCUGUGAGAGAAGAGGACACGAACCAAGAUGGAAAGUUGGACCUCCUGAAUUUUCAGUUGCAGCUUCCUCUUAAACCUGAGGAACAGGUCUAUGGUGUCCAACUGCUGCUUACCUUCAGCUACAAGCUCUUUCGGAUGUCGACAGUGGUGAUGCAGAGCCUGGCUUAUGUGCAGCACUCUUCUUCUGUCCCAGGAGCUAAGCUGUUAAUCAGUGGAGACCUGAAGCUGCUGCAGAGGACGCCCCUGCCUCACCGGGGACUGUACAACGUUUACAAUGUGUCAGUGAUUGAUGCUUCCAGCCCCUUUGCAUCUGCAUAUGACCUUGACAACAUCAUUAGGAGCUAUCAGGCUAGAAACCUGACGACAAUACUGUCCUGUCCCAUGCCGGUCUGGACUGUGGGACGAGCAGCUGGAUCUCCCUUUCAGCUUAAUGCUGAGAUCCGCUACCCUACUGAGGUCAUUAGCUAUCGUCCUGGAUUCUGGGAAACCAUCAAAUUUGCCUGGAUCCAAUACGUCAGUGUCCUCCUCAUUUUCCUCUGGGUCUUUGAACGUAUACAGAGAUUUGUUUUCCAGAACCAGGUUCUAGCCACUGUGCCCAUACCCGUCGGGAAACCUCACCUGUCAUGAUGCAGUGGUAGUUAGUUAUGACAAUAUUUCAUGUCUCACUGAUACUCUUUAGUUAUAUUCCAAAGUCAAUGAUCGUUCGAGUUCUAGGGAAAAGGUCAGGUUUUAGUAACUUUAUCACAUAAAUGAACAUCAAAUUGUCUCUCUAGCCUUUUUCAAUCAAUGUGAGAUUUGUCAAUGAUCUUACUGUUUUCCUUUUAAUAAUUUGGCUGUAUUUAAUACAAACAUGCAUACGUUUCCAUUGUUUUUCUUCAAACCUAUUCCUGGACAUGUUUCUAUGCAGUCCCUCCUCUACAGGAAGCACACUGAUUUUUGUUUGUUGAAGUAAGGGAAAUGUAUCAUAAAUAUACACAUUUUUUCAGUAUUUUCACUAUUUGUAUGUUUUUAACAAUUUGUGACAAUAAUUAAAGAUUUUUUCUUUAUUUUUGUAUUGUACAUAGCGUUAGGUCACGGACAAUAAAUGAUUUGUACAUUUAAA